GGCCAUCAAACAAUCAAAGUAUAGAUCGAUCGGCUGGUUGUAAUUGUAUACGUGCGUGUCCUGUCCCGGCUACAAGUCCUAGCACUACACGUCCACGUUCAGGGAAGGAUCGAUUGUUAGCAAGAAGCUAGUUGCGGAUCGAUUGUUUGCAAGAAGCUACAAGUGCUUCCCUUCAUCGUCGUUCGUCAUCCCGUCGCCAGUCGCCGGAAGUGCUACGGCGGCUCAACGCCAGGCGUCGGCAAACAUGACAGGCGAAGAGGAGGCGUCGGCAAACAUGACAGCCGAAGAGGAGGAAGAGCUGGUGCCGCAGCUACGGUUCCCCGCGGGAUACCACUUCCUGCCAAGCGACGAGGAGCUCCUCGACGUCUACCUCCGCGCCAAGAUCGACGGACGGGAGCCGCCGCUCGACGUGUUCAUGGACGUCGACAUCCUCGACUGGGACCCCGCCGAGCUCGUCGAGAAGCGCAAGGCCUACGGGGAGGGCAGGUACUUCUUCUUCACGAAAAGGACCGAGUGCCCGGCGAACAAGAACGGCGAGCCGCGCCGGAAGCUGAAUAACCUGAGGGCGAGCUGGAAGGCGACGGGGCGCCUGGGGAUCAUCGAGCGCAGCAGGACCUGCGAGACCAUAGGGACAAGGAGGAUCCUCACCUACCAUACCAAGGGCGUCAGCCAUGACAAGUGGAGCAUGAACGAGUAUGUCUUGCGAGGCAGGGAAGGGUUAGAUCAGUGGGUCUUGUGCACAAUACAGGAGAAGCUACACUGGGAGGCCAAAAGCAGCAAAGGCACAGCAAACAAGAUGGCAGAAGACACUAGUAGCGAAGGCAAGACGGCGGCAGCAGGCGCUAGAAAGGUGCGCAAGACCAAAAGACAGAAGAAGGAGAAGAUGGACCCCUCCCAUCCACCUAAAAAUCAGGAACAACUGCAGCAACCGCAGCAAAAACAAGAGACCACACCUGACGUAUUCUCCGAACCGCCACCAAUGUUUACAAGUGAUCACCAUGCUUUGAAUGAAGAAGAGAUCAUGGAGCUGGACGAGACAACCCAGAUGAUCCAGGUCGUUGUCCAGCAAGAACACCCAUAUGGAGAUCAGCAUUACCUUGACGCCCCAGCACCAAAAGAGACAACAUACGAAGGACCCGGCGAGCCACCGUUGAAGCCGCACCACCAGCAAGAUUACCAUGCUUGGCUGGAAGAGCAACAACAUCAGGAGCUUGAGGAUCCGUUCCCCGUUCAACAUCAGUUUGACCCAUUCAACACCAUGAUUUUUCAGGGCCACACCGAUCAAGAACCAACACCUGGGUGGUGGCAGCAGCACCAGCCAAGCUACAUAGAUAAUUAUCAGUUUUUCCUGCCAGCCAAUGGCAUGGAGCAUGCCAGCGGGUAUCAGCUUCCGCACCAACAGACUCUUUAUCCGCUUGGAACACCAGGAUCUCAUGGGGACUUCAAACCAACUUCACAAUAUGAACUGCAAUUCCCACCGGACCACGCAAAACCCAACGAGCAGCAAACAAGUCCCGAUUCUGUGCUCAGCGCGUGUCAACAUUGUCAGCUGACUAGUGCGGAUAAGGUCGCGUGCUCCCUAUGUGGCUGUGGUGGAUUUAAUUCGGAGAUGAAGUAACUAGAUCUAUUGUCGUUAUAUGUAUGUACAUAUGCUGUCUUAUUAUGUCAGAUUGUGUUGAUAGUCAUGUUUAGGGCCGUCUGAGUAAAGGUAAUUAAAGCAGCACGUCAAUAAAGCAGCGGACGCAUCCGCGUGCAUCCUGAGUUUAUGUCGUCGUCUGUGCAUUAUGCUUUUGCAUGUGGACAAUCAAACAAUAAUGGUACUAUGCUUGCUAAGUACUUAUCUAACUGAUCGUUCUUUUUUUUUA